AUGACCCAACAGUGCCUCAGCCUUGCCUCAGCCGCCUCCCUGCUGCUUCUCCUGGCCCCCGCCUGGGCAGGCAUCAUUGCCCAGCCAUCCAUCGGCUACUACGGUGACGAGCACGCCGUCGCCCACACCCAGCAGAAUGUGGUGCGCAGCUUCGAUGGCACCGUCUCGCACUACGCCAAGUCCGUGGCCACGCCGUACUCCCAGGUGCACAAGCAGGACACAAGGAUCAGCAACAAUGUUUACCAGCCGGCGAUUGCCAAGACUGUGACCUACCAGGCCGCUCCCGCUGCAGCUGCAGUCUACAACCACCACGCUCAUCCGGAGACGCAGCUGUUCACCCAGGCGGCUCCUCAGGCCGCCGUCUACCAUCAGGCUGUCCAGGCAACACCUGUGGCCAAUGUCUACCAUCAGGAAGCUCCUCAGUCGGCCGUCUACCAUCAGGCUGCUCCUCAAGCAUCCAUCUACCAUCAGGCUGCUCCUCAAGCUUCUGUUUACCACCAAGCUGCUCCUCAGGCUUCUGUUUACCAUCAGGCUGCUCCCGUGGUCAGUCAUCAGCCCGCCGUCAUCCAGUACUCGCCGGCAGAGUCCGUUUCCCACAUGAGCUUCGAUGGCUUCGGCACCCAUUGGGGAUUCUAA